CUCCAGCCCUGAAGCACGCAGGCAGCGCGAGGCGACUCUUUUUGGCUGCCCCACACCGCGGCUGGACCGAGUCGCGGUGUUUGCAUAGCUCCUUGUGCCUUGCCGAGGCACCGCAGGCAGGCUGCCUGAACGAUUUGAUGGAGCCGCUCACGGGCGAGAUGCUGCCCGAAUCCACUGGGGAGCCGGUAGUCGAGGGCACCAUCGUUACGGAGUUCUCUUCCGAAGCUAGCGGACCGACCGUCGGGUCCCUGCUGGGCUUCAACGAGGCGGUCCUCGAGCUCCCGCCCGGCGACUGCGGCCUCACGGUCAACCAAGGCCGCGAAAAGACGUUCGAGGUGGCCGCGGGCUCGCCGCUCGUCGCGCAAAUACCGCGAGGGUUCCACUUAGUUAAGGAACACGAUCAUGUGGCCCUGAGCCCAGGGAAAGUGACGGACCCGCGAGGCUUCCAUUUAGUUUCGGUGGACGGUAUAUUGGCAGGUGAGGACUCUGGAGCCGGGGCCAACCUGGUGGCGCGGGCAAGGAAGGAGCAGUCUGCGGUGCCGGGUCCCCUGAGCGACAUGACGCGAAGCCACGCGCUCCUCUUCUCGGGGCUCGGCGCCGUGUACGUGGGCCCCGACGGCUUCACUACACCGGUCGGCGCGGCGGACCCGGUGAUCGACGCGUUCGGCGUCGAUCGCACGCUCUUCGACGCCGCGAACGCCACAAAAGCGCGCACGCAUGUUUGCCAUGGGGUACCCGGCACCCUGCGCAGAGGCGAGAUGGAGAACUGCGCUCAAUGCCCGGAGUACAUGUGCUGCGUGUUCCCUUGGACGAUUCACAUGCUGGCGUUUUCCCCCAUUUUCCUGAGCGCUUUUCUCUAUAAUAUGCUCCGCAGCAAACACAGGGACAUGGAAUUUCCCCCGUGGGGUGAUGCUGCGCUGAUCCUGACCGACAAAGGCAUCGUCGGCCGUCGGAACUUCGGGCCCGACUCGCCCGGGGGUGGGUGCAACUGUUGCUGCAUAGGAUGUGGGGACUUAGAAGGAGAGGCUGGCGUCCAGCCGUACUGGAGGGUCAAUGAACAGAAACAUCAGAACGGCGUCAACGCGAUCGCCUGGGACGGCUUCGACGUCGACAAGAACGUUCGGAUCCACACCUACGGCGGCGGCAGGUGCGUCCCGACACGAAAGGGCGACUUUUGUGAUAUGGGGGGUUCCGCGGGGGAUUCCGCUUUCGACGCCCUGGUCGUCGGGCUGCAUUGCGGCUGUUGUAUCCCCGGGGGUUGCUGCAUGUACGUCUGCAUCCAGCCCGACGCGGAGGGCCUGUAUCGAGCGACCAUCUUCAGCAAACACGAGACCCUUAUAGAAAGUGAAGAGAACAGUCAUUUCAUACCGACGGGGAGCAUCGAGCUUCUCGCGCUUGCUCGCUCGCCGGACGACUUAAGAAACACGCUCCGCGCGGCCAAGGAAAAGUACGGCGCGCCCGCGGCGGCGGCGGCCAUGGAGCGCUGAACCUAGCUCUUCAAUAUCGGGUUCGUCAUCAUUCUCAUCGUCCUCUACUAUCAUCGAAUCUCUUGCUCGUCUACGCACGUAACUUAUGCCAGUAAAGCUUACUUACAACCACAACAAC